AUGAAAAUGACAUAAUUAUAAAGAAUCCAUGUUUUAAGAUAUCUCCAUCAAUAAUGAUUUAGAUCAUCAAUCAUUUAUUAAGCAUCAUGCCGUCUACUAAGGGGACAACACAUUUUAUAUGAUUAUGGAUUUAUUAGAAGGAAAAAGUUUGCUUGAUGAACUCAGUAACCAUAAAAAUGGUUUUCCUGAGGAUAUUGUGAGAAAUGUAAUGUGGGUUUGUGAUUAAACUAUUUUCUAGUAAUUCCUUUCUUGCAUCGAACACAUCCAUUAGUAGAAUAUUAUGCAUCGGGAAGUAAAACCUGAAAAUAUUAUACUUUAAAAAAAAUCGGAUUUGAAUUCUUUGAAAAUUAUAGACUUUGGUUUGGCGACUUAUUGCAACGUCGAUAACUCAUAACCUUAUUUUAUAUAUUUGAGAUUUAUUUCCUAAAUAUGGAACUCCUGAUUAUGUUGCUCCUGAAAUAGCCAAU